AUGAUAAGUAGAGCAUUUGCUGCUACUGCAGUAGAUGUUUCUUCUUUGACAACAGUAAAUAGCUUUAAAUGUGCCAAAAAUUUAGGCUAUAGUCAUGCGAUGAUUCGUGGUUAUUUUGAAGCCUAUGGCAAUAAUCCUGGUGGUGCAAUUGAUUCUAAUUUCCUAAAAAAUUAUGAAAAUGCUAAACAAGCUGGGUAUACCGAUAUUGAUGUAUAUAUGUUUCCAUGCACUGGAAGGUCGACUUGUAAAACUCCUCAACAACAGGUCAAUGAAUUGGUUAAUUUGAUUAAUAAAAAUAAAAUUAUAGUUCGAACAGCUUGGUUAGAUGUUGAAGUAGAUAAGAAUUCUGGUAAUUGGAAUUUGGGUCCGGCUAAAAAUAAAGAGAUAUUAAAAGAAUUCUAUGCUGCUUGGAAAUCUACUGGCUGGAAAUUCGGUAUAUAUUCGAGUCAAUAUCAAUGGGAAACAAUUACUGGAAAUAGAGAUUGGGUUUUAGAUUCUAGUCUCCCAUUAUGGUAUUCUAUUUAUGAUAACGACCCUAGAUUAAAUAAUUACAGACCUUUUGGUGGAUGGACUCAAGGCACAUGUAAACAAU